AUGAGAAUAAUAUCUGUAGGUUUCACUAUAUACGAAGCACAAAAUUUAGAAUUUGAUGAUAAAGUUUUAUUAGAUCCAUUAGUGAUUGUUCGAUGUUGUAACAAUGAAUAUAUAACAAAAAAAAAAAAAAAAAAAUACAACGCUGUAAAUUGGGAGGAAAGUCAUAUAUGGGAUAGAAUAGUUCUAUCUGAAAUAGAAUGGAAUGUAGCAAAAAUAGAGUUUGAAGUUCAGAGUGCAAAUACAUUUUGGAGAAAUGAAACAAUUGGUGUAAUAUCUUUUGAAUUAAAAUUAAUUAAGAAUAAAAAAAAUCAUCAGAUUCAAGGAAUAUAUCCAAUAUUAUACAAAAAUGGAACAGAAAUAAGAGGGCAAUUAAGAUUAAAAGUUAUGGUAUGUGAUGAAAAGGACUAUGUAACGAAUAACAAUAUAUUUAACGAUUUAGCGGAAAAGAAUGAUUAUAAUAUUUCAGAUAAUGAUGAACUAUAUACAGAUUUAAGUAAAGCAGUAGUUGAGGAAAAUAUUGCUACUCUAAGAGACAAAAAGUCAAGAUUUUAUUAUUUAUAUGUAAAUAUUCAUAAAAUAGAAGAUAUAUAUGUAGAUAUUAACAAAAAGAAUUAUAGAGAUCUCUAUAUAACGUGUGAGUUCAAUGGAUGUCAUUUAAAAUCAAGUCAAGGAAGAAAUUGUACCAACUAUACUUUUAAUGAAUGCUUUAAAAUUCCUAUUGCUACUCCAAUUUUAGAAGAUUCUAUUGUUAUUAAAAUAUGGGAUUGGAAUUUUUUAUCAAAUGACGAGUUAUUAGCUAUUGGUGUUUUAUCAUUUACUCAAAUAAAAAAUAAGCCAAUUAACCCUACAUGGUUUAAUUUAUAUGGUUUUCACAAAAAUGAAAUGAAUUUAGAAAACGAUAUAAAUGAUAAAAUAUAUAAUGACUUUAGUGUAUCUCUAGAAGGAAAUUUUUAUUUGGGAAGAAUCUGCAUUAGUUCAUAUGUUGAAAGAUUAAAUAAUUUUGAUAAUUUAAAUGUAGCUAUAACACAAAGUUGUUUAGCUUAUGACGAACCCUUAUCUGUGCCCAUUACUUUAUUAUGUGAUGUUUAUUUAGUGACAGGAAUAUUAGCAGAAAAUAUUUAUGUACAGUUGUGUUGUGGUCCAUAUAAGAGAAAAACAGAUUAUGUGAAUGCUAAUGAAAUAAAUAAUAAUGACAGAAAAAAAAAUAAUAAUAAAAAUAAGAAAAAAUAUUAUCCUAAAAAAGAAGAGGAAUUUUUUAAUUUAUUCAAUUUUGAUAAUUUAUUAAAUUUAGAUAAUUUUUUUAAUAAAAUUACUGAAAAACAAAACAUUAUAGAAGAUAAUGAAGAAACAGAAUUUUAUUUUAGUUCUAGAAAAGGUAAAAUAGAAAACAUGAAAUUAUGCGUCGUUCAUGAUGAAUUACAACAGUGGGAUAUUAUUAUAAAUGUUUAUGAAAAAAAAAAAAGUUAUAAUAAUACAAGUUUCUUUAAUAAUUUUUUAAGUAAUAAUAAUAAUUAUGCUAAUAUAGCAGAAGAAGAAUCCAAAUUAACUGAUUAUCAAAAAUACAAAAAAAGAAAAUAUGAAAUAGAAGAAUAUGAACAACAAACAGAUAAUAAUGAUAGGAGAAUUGCUUAUUAUAGAAUGCCUUUAAAAAAUGUUCUCCUACAUAAUGAAAAAAUAUCAAGAUGUCCUAUAUGGAUUCCUUUAAAAAAUAUUCCAAAAAAUGUUAACGGAGAUUUUAAUUGUAUGUAUAAUAUUUUACAAAAUGGUUCUAUAUUAAUUAAUUUAGAAAAAUCAUAUGAUGUCCAAUUAGGAGUAAAUAAAAGAAAAAAUUUAAUUCCUGUAAAUUAUGAAUUAAGAUGUUAUAUAUAUGCCUGUAGAAACAUAAUUUCUAAUUUUAAUGAUUCUCCAAAUACAUUUGUUCAUAUAUCUUGUUCUGGAAAAAUGAAAAUAACAUCAUUAGUCUUAAAUAAUUCUAAUCCUGUAUUUUUACAAUGUUUAAAAUUAAAUAUAAAUAUAUUAACUGAUUAUUCUGUUGGUUUACCAACUAUACCUCUUAUUAUAGUAACAUUAUAUGAAUUUCAUAAUAACACAUUUUAUUUUAUUGGAAGAUGCUUUUGUAACUAUGAUAUUUACUUGAAGGAUAACUAUAAAAAGUAUAACUUCAUUAAUAGAGGUUCUACUUACAAUGUUGUUGAGCAAAUAAGGCCAAGAUGGGUUAAACUAAAAGGUAGAAAACAUAUAAAAGCAAUGUAUACAAAUAAUUUAUGGCAACAGUACGGAAAUGAUAAAAGGAUAAUACAAGAAUCUUUAUAUGAAAAACAAAAAAAUAUUUAUAAUAAUAAAGAAAAUACAUUCCAAUAUAAUGAUUUAUUAUGUGGAGAAAGAGUUGGUGAUAUUUUAUUAUACUUUGAACUAGUACAAUCAAAAGAUGCAAUUAAAAUACCAAUUUAUCCUAUGAUAGCACAAAUAAAAAAAUGUUCCUUAUCAUUCUACUGCAUGUCCCUAGAAAAUUUAAUUUUAAUGAAGAAACAAAACUAUUUUGAAGCUAUAUUAAAUAAAUCUGUUGAAAAAAAUAUUUCUCACCCUAUUAUUGUUUUAUCUAUAACUUCUUAUUCUUCUUAUGGUAAGAAAAAAAAUGAAUUAUUAAUUAAAUAUGAAAAAUCUUUCAAAGCAAAUACAAGAAUACAAUUGAAAAAUUGGAAAAAUUCAUUUAAUCAACAAAGUUUUGAAAUGUUUUCUAUUGAAAAAAUGGAUAUUGAUAUACCAUUAGAUCCAAUUUUUGAUCCUACACUAAAUAUUAAAGUGUACAAUAAAAAAAUUAAACAAAAGUAUUUUAUUGGAGAAACAAAUAUAUCUCUAGUCCCUUACAUACCAUGGAUUAAGAAUAUUGAUGAAGUUAUACAUUAUUUGCAAGCACAUGAUGAUUAUUCAGAAACUAUAAAUUUUAAAAAUAUAGAUAGUGCUUUUGAUAUAUAUAAAAACAAGAAUGCGGCUCUAGUGAUCACAGCUAUAUCAUUAGCUGAUUGUGAACACACAAUUAAUUUAAAAGAAGAAUUAAACAAAUAUGAAAAUGAUGACGACGAUAUGUGGAAUCAAAUACCUCUUUUUAGUAUGGGAAAAGAAGAACAAAAUAAUAUAAAUAACAAAAAUUCCAUUAAAAAUGAAAAUACUAUUCUAAAUAAUAAUUUUCCUAACAAUAUGAAUAAUAUCCAUAAUAAUAUGAUUCAAAAUAACAUAUAUGAUUAUAAUAAAAUGAUAGACAACAGUAUGUAUAAUAGUAGUUUGAAUAAAAAUGAUGUUUAUAUGAAUAAUAAAGUUAUGAAAAGUUACAAUUAUGAAAAUAUUCCAAUGGAUAGUAUAUGUAACAUUAACACAAUGGUAAAUGAUGUGGAUGCACAGAAAAUAUAUAAUGAUAACACAAUUACUAAUAAUAUGAUUGACAGUAAUAUGUAUUACAAUAAUAAUAUGAUGGUGAAUAAUUUGUAUAAGAAUAAUAUUUAUAAUCCAUCAAAUUAUGGUAUGAUUAACUACAAUAAUAAUUAUACUAAUAAUAUACAAAGCUUUACAUAUAAUGGUGUAAAUAUUGGGAACGAUUUCUGCAAUAAUCCAUCUAACAUGUACAAUAAUAAUCCAUAUAAUAAAUACCAUAAUUUUGAUUCCUAUUAUAAUCCAUAUAAAAGAGAUGUUUAUAAUGUAAAGUUUAAUGAUAAUGUUUAUAAAUUGUUUGAUGAUGGAGUUCCCGAAAUAAUUAAAUUAACUUAUAAUAUAAAAAAUUAUCCAUAUAUAAAAAUUUUAACUAGUAAAUUUAUAUUAAAUGUCCAUAUUCCACCACGAUUUAUUAUAUACGUUGAAGGAGAUAAAUUAAAUACUGAAAAAUUUAUAAAAAAUAUCCAUCGUGCAUCUGUUGAUGGAAUAUUAGAAAAUUACUUAGACGAUAUAUUAAUACCAUCCAUUCCUUUAAAAAAGAAAUGUAAUGGUUUUUCAUUGGAUAACGAAUCAGGAGAAAAUAAAAUACAAAAAGAAGGAAUUUCUUUUGGAUGCUUUGAAAAAUUUCCUUUCAUUGAGUUAUGUGGUGGAUAUAUAAAAUGCUUUGCAAAAAUAAAAUAUCGAAACUUAAUAUCUCAGAAUAUUCCAUUAAGUUUAAAAGACAUAGAUAGCCAAAAUGUUUUUCGAAAAAAAUUUAGAGGAGUAAAUAGGAUACCUUUAUACUUAAAAAUUAGGGUGUAUGUUUUAAGAGGAAUAGGAAUAUAUGGAAUAAAUAAUGAAUAUACGGCUAAUCCUUAUUUAAUUUUUUCUUUAGGUGAAAAGACAUCUAAUCUAAGAAACUCUUUUAAAGAAUGUAAUAUAAAUCCAGAGUUUCGUUGCUUAUGGGAGAGUGAAGCUAUUUUUCCUGAAGAUGAAAUAUUAACGAUAAGUGUAUAUAGUGCAGAAAAUAGUUAUGAUAAGCAAAUAAAUGAUAUGUAUAUAGGAUCUACAGAAAUAAAUUUAUUCGACAGAUGGAUGAGUAAAGAAUGGAGACAUAUGAUGAAAAAAAAUAAAAUACCAAUAGAAUAUAGACCAUUAUAUAAUAAUUAUUUAAAAGGAAAAACUGAUAAUAUUUAUAAUAAAAUUAAUAGUUGGAAUAAUAUUUUCUCAUUUUUUGAUAUUUUCACACAUUUGAUAAAAUAUUCUACGAGCAAAAGUUAUGUAAAAGAAGAUCAAACAUUUCUAAAAAAUUCGGAAAGAAAUAACUAUGGGAUAUUAGAAAUGUGGGUAGAAAUUAUGGAUUAUGAACAAUCAAAAAAAAUUCCUAUACAUAAAAUGGUAUCACCUAAAAAAACUGAAAUAGAAAUAAGAAUAAUAAUAUGGAGAUGCACUAUAUUAUCUAAUGAAGAAAAUGGGAAUAGAACAUUAGAUUUAAUAAUUACCUCGGAAUUAGAUUGCCCAACUUAUAAUGGGAAAAAUGCAAAUAUUCAAUCAACAGAUGUACAUUAUAAUUGUAAAUCAGGUAAUGCAAUAUUUAAUUGGAGAAUUGUAUAUCCAAAUAUAACUCAUCCAUUAAAUACUUGUUUUGUGCAAUUGGCUGCUUAUAAUAACAACAAUGUUGGGGUUAGUGAAUUUUUGGGAGAAGUUAAUUUGGAACUAUCCAAAUAUGUGCAUAAAGCAUCACAAAUAAUGAAUAAAUUUGAACUUGAUGCAGAAUUAAAACUGAGAAAAAAAAAUGGAUAUGAAAUAGAAAAUAAUUAUAAUGGUUACAUACAGGUAACAGUACAAUUUAUUCCUCAAGCAAAAGCGAAUAUAAAACAAGCUGGUUUAGGCAGAGAUGAGCCAAAUAGACAUCCAUAUUUAAGAACACCUGAUAGUGGUAGAGAAUGGAAUGAUUUCAUUAGCUCAAUUGGUUUUAAUGAUAUUUAUAAACCUUUUUGGAAUUGGCUAAAAAUAUUUUUUAUUUGUCUUUUAAUAAUAUGGGUAUUUGUCUUAUCAUUUGUUUAUCCUUCCUUAUUAUUAUAG